CAAGACUUCGAAUAGUUUCAAGCCGUUUAUGUUAUUUACUUCACAGAUAACCACUGCGCCAAGAUGAGACUGACUUUGUUUGCCUUCGUCCUCGCCGUGUGUGCGCUGGCUUCUAACGCCACACUUGCACCAAGAACUGAUGACGUACUGGCGGAGCAGCUGUAUAUGAGUGUCGUCCUUGGUGAAUACGAGACCGCUAUCGCCAAAUGCUCUGAAUAUCUCAAGGAAAAGAAGGGAGAGGUUAUCAAGGAAGCCGUGAAGCGGCUGAUCGAAAACGGCAAGAGGAACACCAUGGACUUCGCCUACCAGUUAUGGACAAAGGAUGGAAAGGAAAUCAUCAAAUCUUACUUCCCCAUCCAGUUUAGAGUGAUCUUCACCGAGCAGACUGUCAAGCUCAUAAACAAAAGGGACCAUCACGCCCUCAAGUUGAUCGACCAACAAAACCACAAAAAAUUUGCAUUCGGUGACUCCAAAGACAAAACCAGCAAGAAAGUCUCCUGGAAGUUUACCCCCGUGUUGGAAAACAACAGAGUAUACUUCAAGAUCAUGUCCACCGAAGACAAACAGUACCUGAAGCUCGAUAACACGAAAGGUUCUAGUGAUGACCGUAUCAUCUACGGUGAUAGCACCGCUGACACCUUCAAACACCACUGGUACCUUGAGCCCUCCAUGUACGAGAACGACGUCAUGUUCUUCGUCUACAACCGAGAGUACAACAGUGUUAUGACACUUCAUGAAGAUAUGGCCGCCAACGAAGACCGUGAAGCCUUGGGGCACAGCGGAGAAGUUUCCGGUUAUCCUCAACUUUUUGCAUGGUACAUCGUCCCCUACUAAGCGUUGUUGUAAAAGGUUCUGCCGAUUAAUAUGUUGAAAACCAAAUUAACACGAAUAAAGCUGAAGCUGA